AUCAUCCCGGCGUGCACCGCGGCGGCGGGCGGGCCGGCGGCCAUGUUGCGAUAGUCUGUUGUUUUCUUCCUGCGGAGCAGCGGGGCCGGAGAGGCGGAGACCGCCGGCCGCCUCCCCCUGUGCCCGGUCCCGGCCCGCCGUCCCCCGUGUCCCGCGCGCGUCUCUGGGCCCCGGCCGGCCGGCGGCCCCCCGGCUGGCUUGGCGGGGCGACCCUGAAGGCCCGCGAACACCAUGGCGGCCGCCCUGGGAGCGGGCGGAGGAGCCGGCGCCGGAGAUGAUGACUUCGACCAGUUUGAUAAGCCUGGCGCAGAGCGAUCUUGGAGAAGAAGAGCCGCUGACGAGGACUGGGACAGCGAACUUGAAGAUGACUUACUUGGAGAAGAUUUGCUGUCUGGCAAAAAGAACCAGUCGGAUUUGUCAGACGAAGAGCUGAACGAUGACCUCCUGCAGAGUGAUAACGAGGACGAGGCAAACUUCAGUUCUCAGGGUGUCACAAUUAGUUUAAACACCACGUCGGGCAUGGUCACGUCGUUCGAACUGUCUGACAACACCAACGACCAGUCUGGAGAGCAGGAGUCCGAGUACGAACAGGGAGAGGACGAACUUGUCUACCACAAAUCGGAUGGCUCCGAACUGUACGCUCACGACUACGCAGAAGAAGGGCAGUACGAAGGCCAGGACGCCGAGUUGCCGGACGACCACAUGCAGUAUGUGGAGGAGCCGGAGGAGGCACAGCUGUACAGCGACGAAGUGCUGGACAUCGAGAUCAAUGAGCCUUUAGAUGAGUUCACCGGAGGUAUGGAAACUUUGGAACUGCAGAAGGACAUAAAAGAAGAAUCCGAUGAAGAAGAUGAUGAUGAUGAAGAAUCUGGACGGUUACGUUUCAAAACUGAAAGGAAAGAAGGAACAAUUAUUAGGCUCUCCGAUGUGACUAGAGAGAGAAGGAACAUUCCAGAAACUUUGGAGCUUUCAGCGGAAGCCAAAGCUGCGUUGCUGGAAUUCGAAGAAAGAGAGCGACAGCACAAGCAGGGGCGCUAUGGUUCGAGGCGGGGCGGAAGGAGAGGAGGCUCUGUGGUGUGUCGUGGAAUGGGAGACCAGAGGAGAGACAACAGCGAGCGGGCGAGAAUAAAAGAUCACAGACCGGCCCUGCUUCCGACGCAGCCUCCUGGCAUGACGCACUCUCCAAGACUAAUCCCUCCUCCGCAGCCUCAGCCGCCGCCGCCGCCACCGCCGCCGCCACCGCCGCCGCAGCCCAUCCGAAGUCUGUUCCAGCAGCAGCAGCUGCAGCCUCUGCUCCCCCUGCAGCACCCGCACCACGCCUCGCCCCCGCAGGGCGUGCACAUGCCGCCCCAGAUAGAGGCCCCGAGGGUGAUGAUGACCCCGCCCCCCGUGACCCCCCAGCAGCCCAAGAAUAUACACAUAAACCCCCACUUCAAAGGGGCGGUGGUGACGCCCGUCCAAGUGCCCUUGCUGCCAGUCCCGAGCCAGCCGAGACCCGCUGUGGGGCCGCAGAGAUUCCCAGGGCCUCCAGAGUUCCCGCAGCACACAGCUGGGCCCGUUCCCAGCAGUUUCAGCCAGCCCCCCCGACUUCCUCUCCAGGACCAGUGGAGGGCCCCGCCCCCGCCGCAGGAGCGAGACCCUUUCUUCUUAGGAGUUUCAGGUGAACCAAGGUUCCCGAGUCACCUGUUUCUGGAACAGCGAAGCCCCCCGCCGCCGCCGCCGCCCCCCACGCUUCUUAGCAGCACUCACCCAGUGCCCACCCCCAGCCCCUUACCGUUCACUCAGCCGGGACCAGCGUUUAGUCAGCAGGGACAGCAGCCCGUGUUCCCCAGAGAGAGGCCCGUCCGGCCGGCCCUCCAGCCGCCAGGUCCCGUGGGGAUCCUCCACUUCAGCCAGCCGGGCUCAGCGGCCACGCGGCCCUUCAUCCCUCCUCGACAGCCCUUCCUGCCCGGCCCGGGACAGCCGUUCCUGCCCGGCCACGCGCAGCCCAGCCUGCAGGGGCCCCUGCACCCUCCACUGCCCCCGCCGCACCAGCCGCAGCCCCAGCCCCCGCAGCAGCCCCCGCUCCAGCCGCAGCACCAGCCGCCGCUGCAGCCGCCCCCACAGCACCAGCCGCCCCCGCAGCCGCCUCACCAGCCCCCGCACCAGCACCAGCACCACCUCUCCGUCCCUCCACCGCCGCUCAUGCCCAUGGCGCAGCCCCAGUUCAGGCCUCACGUCCAGACGGCGCAGCCUCCGCCCAGCAGCGGCCGGAUGCAGUGCCCCCAGCGCCAGGGACUGCGGCAUAAUACAACUUCUCAGAAUGUGUCCAAACGGCCAAUGCAGCAAAUGCAGCCGGCUGCCCCGAGAAACAGUAAUCUGCGGGAGCUGCCCAUCGCGCCGGCGCACGUCAUGGAGAUGAGCAGCAGCCGCUGCUCCUCCACGCCUGCGGCUCCAGGGAAGCCUGUCGCCAGCACGUCACCGCCCACGAGGCCGGGGGGUGGGCCCAGGAGCGCACAGGGCAAGACCGAAGCCAAAGUCAAGCCAGUCAGCCCUGCGGUUCAGCCCAAAGAGGAGGCAAAAGCAGAACCAGAGUUUCCUGACGAAGACGAAGAGACGAGGCUGUACCGCUUGAAGAUAGAGGAGCAGAAGCGCCUGCGGGAAGAGAUCCUCAAGCAGAAGGAGCUGCGUCGGCAGCAGCAGGCGGGCGCGAGGAAGAAGGAGCUGCUCGAGAGGCUGGCCCAGCAGCAGCAGCAGCAGCUCCACCUGCCCCCCCCGGCCGCGGCCGAGCAGGAACAGCCCGCCGCCGCCCCGUCGCCCACCAACGGGAGCCCACUGUUACCCUUCCCAGGUGCACAGGUCAGACAAAAUGUGAAAAACAGACUUCUCGUGAAAAACCAGGAUGUCACGGUUUCAAAUGUUCAGCCCAAAACAUCCAAUUUUGUGCCAUCUGGUGCUAACAUGCAGUAUCAAGGACAACUGAUGAAACCGUUGAAACACUUGAGACAGGCCAGAACCGUACCUCAGAGUCCAGCUCAGCACAAAGUCCUGCAGGUCAAACCUGCGGACGGGGAGGGGCCGCCACCCCCCUCACAGACCGCUCGAGUGGCGUCCCUGCAGGGCCGGCCCCCGGACGCCAAGCCCGGCGCGAAAAGGACUGUCAUGCACCGGGCAAACAGCGGUGGCGGAGAUGGGCCGCACGUCAGCUCCAAGGUCAGGGUGAUUAAGUUGUCAGGCGGGCAGGGAGGAGAGAGCGACGGCUUUUUUCACCCUGAGGGCCAGCCCCAGCGGCUCCCACAGCCCCCAGAAGUGAGACAGCAGCCCGCCCGCAAGGUGACGCUGACCAAGGGGGCCCUUCAGCAGCCCCAGCACCCGCCAGUGGGGUCCCACGUGCACUCGGCCGGCCCUCCGGGCAUCAAGAGCAUCCCGGGAGUUCAUCCGGCCAAGAAGGUCCUCAUGCACGGGAGAGGCCGAGGCGUGGCCGGAGCGAUGGGCCGGGGACGCCUGACACCGAACAAGCAGAACCUCCGGGUGGUGGAGUGUAAGCCCCAGCCCUGUGUCGUGUCCGUCGAAGGGCUCUCCUCGUCCACGACUGACGUCCAGCUGAAGAGCCUGCUGACGUCCGUGGGUCCCAUUCAGAGUUUACAGAUGCUUCCCCAGCAACGGAAAGCCAUAGCUAAGUUCAAGGAACCAGCUCAUGCGUUAGCAUUUCAGCAGAAAUUCCACAGGCACAUGAUAGAUUUGUCCCACAUAAACGUGGCCCUGAUUGUUGAGUGACGUCUGGCGGGAGAUGCUGACCUGACACUGCCCGGGCUGUGGGGUUUCUUCGAGGAAGUGGCAGCGCGGAGUCCCCGCAAGCGUAGGCCUCUCCGUCUGCAGCCUUGCGUGCCUGUUGUCCGGAGCGGCACACAGCCCAGUGUUGAUGCCAGCACAGCUGGACUUGGGGACACAGCGGACUGGGGUUUGCUGUUAGACUGCUUCACGUUCUGUUGUCGGCACAGAGAACUACAGUUUCCGUUUGCUUUUGUUUUCCAAGUGCUCACAGUGCAUGUAGACAUCGUUCUUCGUGGUCGUACCAUGUGAUCGAUCACUUAGCUUCAGGAAGGGACAUUAACGUCACGGAUUCUUAAGUAGUUUUUCACAGCAAAGAAUACUUGAUAAUGGUUGCACUUAUCUUCAGUGCAGGCUAGACAGGUGUUUUCCCGGCCACGCGUAACUUGCGCUGUCUUCUCAGGAAGCCCUCCAAAGGCUCUUGGAGAAACGUAGAUUAAAACGCGGGUGGUUACAACCGACAGUUGCAUAUCCUGGACAGUGGGGUGUGCGGUGGCUGAAAGCGGCACCGACUGUGGCAGGUGCUGCUUCCUGUGACGGCUCCAGAAGCGCCUGGUGUGUUCCCAGUGCCGGAGGGGACUCCCGCCCCUCUGCGCCCUUCCCAGUCAGGCAGUGGCCCUGGCAGGCCCCACUCCACCUCCCUGGGCCUAGAGAAGGUGCCCGUAGCGUGGCCACCUUGCGGCCCUUGUGGAGUCCCCUGUCAGGCGGGCGACAGUGCGUGUGUACCAUGCGAGGUGGAGGGCCGGCCCGGAGCUUGAACACCCGCUGGGGUU